AUGCGCGCCAUUCAGGUGAAGGAAUACGUCAAUGGUCCCCUCGACCUAACCGUCUCGACCCUCCCAACGCCCUCCCCCUCGCCAACCGCCUACCUAAUUGAAAUCCACUCAGCAGGAACAAACUUCUUCGACCUACUCCAAAUCCAAGGAAAAUACCAGCACCAGCCCCCGCUCCCUUGGGUCAGCGGCUCCGAGUUCGCAGGUACAAUCGCCGCCCUGCCAACAAAAGGCUCCGGACCUUUCAAGUACAAAGUCGGCGACCGGGUCUUUGGAGCCACGCAGGGCGCGUAUGCUACGCAUGUGCUUGCGGCCGAACAGUCGCUGCUCCCUGUGCCUGAGGGGUGGACCUUUGAGGAUGCGGCGGGGUUGUUCGUCACGGCGCCGACGUCCUACGGGGCUCUUGUGCAUCGGGCGCACGUGAAGGCGGGCGAGUGGGUUCUUGUCCAUGCGGCUGCUGGUGGUGUGGGACUUGCGGCGGUGCAGAUUGCCAAGGCGAUGGGUGCGACUGUCAUUGCGACGGCGGGGACGGAGAGGAAGAGGGAGGUUGCGCGGCAGUUUGGGGCGGACCAUGUGAUUGAUUAUCGGGAUAAGGCGUGGCCCGAGGCCGUCAAAGCGCUGUGCGCGAAACACAGGAGUGGGAAUGGCAAAGCUGGUGUGGAUGUUGUGUAUGAUCCCGUCGGCAUGAUCGAUGCAAGCUUGAAGUGUGUUGCCUGGAAUGCGAGGUUGCUCGUCAUUGGGUUUGCUGCGGGGAGUAUCGAAAAGGUUGCCUUGAACCGGGUACUGUUGAAGAACGUGAGCAUUGUCGGUUUGCACUGGGGACAGUAUGCCAAAUUUGAGACGGAGACGGUUGGCACUGUGUGGAAGGGAAUUUUCGAUCUGGUUGCCCAGGGUAAGUUCAGAGGAACUGCUUUCAAGGAUGAGAGCUUUGUUGGACUCGAAAGCGUCCCCAGAGCGCUGCAGGCUCUUGGGAGCAGGGAGACCUGGGGGAAGGUUGUGGUGCAGGUUAUUGAUGAUAAGGCUAGCCGGCUGUGA